AUGGGAUCUCCAUAUCCAAAUGUUCAAAUGUAUGAACCAAAAGUUGAGAUUGGAUCCAAUGUUAAGAAACCACGAUGUGGGAACUUUAGCAUUGAAGAAGAUAUUCAACUUAUAGAAUCGUGGAUAAAUUCUAGUAUGGAUCCAGUGCAUGGAAAUGAGCAAUCAAAGAAGACAUAUUGGAAUAGAAUUUGUGAGAACUACGAUGCCAAUAGGUCAUUCGAUGUUAGCCGGAGUGAGAUAUCUCUAGUUAAUCACUGGGGAGCAAUACAAAAGGGCAUAAAUAAGUUUAUUGGAUGCUUAGUUCAAGUUGAGUCAUUGAAUCAAAGUGGCUUGACUCAGCAAGACAAGAUUGCUCGUGCGAAAGAGUUUCAUCUAAAACUACAUAAAACUCCAUUUGCUUUUGAACAUUGUUGGGAUAAAUUGAAGAAAUGUCCAAAAUGGAGUAGUAGCAAUGACAAAGCAAGAAAAAGAUCAUUCACUAAUACAUCUUUGUCUUCUACUCAAGCUCUAGUAGAACUAGGGGAAGAUAAUAUAUCCACUAGGAGAGACCCCAAGAUGAACGAAAGAGCUGUGAUAACGACUGAGGAAACUGCAACUUAUGGAAAGAACAAGUGCUCGAGAGGAUGA